UCAUACAUACAGAAUGUCAAUUUAAGAAACAAAAAAUUUUCCAGGACCUGAAGUUCCCUGUCAGAGGCAGCAUCAGAGUUUGAAGAGGUGAAGAGUGAAUAACCUGGACAUGCAUGGCAGGAUCUCGCAGUUGUUCUUGAUUAAUGCAUUAACAUGUGGUCUGGAGGUAUGUUUGGCUGCUGGGACAAUCUACAUCCCACCUAUGCUGCUGGAGGCAGGGGUGGAAGAACGAUUCAUGACUAUGGUACUGGCUGUGGGACCUGUGCUGGGGCUGAUCGUUGUGCCUCUUAUUGGUUCGGCGAGUGAUAGCUUGAGAAGUAAAUAUGGUCGUAGACGUCCCUUCAUAUGGGUGUUGUGCAUGGGUGUCCUGCUCGGUCUCUUGAUCAUCCCGCAGACGUCCACCCUCGUCACCCUGCUCACAAAACAACAGCAGCAUUGGCUGGAGGUCCCGCUGCUGGUCCUUGCCAUUUGUUUGAUGGAAUUUUGUGGUCAGGCCUGCUUCACACCUUUGGAGGCCUUGGUUUCUGACCUCUUUCCUGGAGAAGAGGAGAGUCGCAAGGCUUUUUCUGUCUACUCUCUCAUGCUCAGUCUGGGCGGAUGCAUUGGCUACCUGCUGCCCGCAGUUGACUGGACCACUUCAGAUACCGUGGUCUACUUGGGUGGACAAGAGGCCUUCAUCUACGUUGUUCUGACCUUCAUUUUUCUCGCCUGUUUGAUGGGUAUGGCCUUCAUCUCUGAGGAGCAGACAGAACGGCUGGGGGAAGCUGAGGUUUCCAGAAGGCAUGAAAACCUGAAGACUUGCUGCUGCCCUUGUGUGGCAUUCCCCAGAUUUCUAUUUUUGCGAAGGACAUUCUCUAGUCUCCUUUCUGUGGUUCCCCGACUCUACUUGCUGUGCAGUCGCAUGCCAAAAGUCAUUGCAAGGCUGUUUGUCGCUGAGUUGUGCAGUUGGAUGGCACUUAUGUCCUUUAUGCUCUUCUACACGGACUUUGUUGGAGAGGGAUUGUAUAAUGGGGUUCCCAGUGAUGAGCCAGGCUCCUUGGGAAGGACACGCUAUGAUGAAGGUGUGCGAAUGGCCAGCCUGGGUCUUUUCCUCCAGUGUGUGACCUCUGUGAUCUUCUCAUUGCUUAUGGAGCGUAUGGUGUUGUGUAUUGGAGUCAGAAAGCUGUACCUGAGCAGCGUGAUUCUGCUGGCUGUGAGUACUGCAGUUAUGACCGUAUUCCACAACAUUAUACUAGUCACCAUCAUGGCCGCUGCUACAGGAUACACCUUCUGCACCCUGCAGAUUCUGCCAUACACGCUCACAUGCCUGUACCACUCAAAUACACAGGUGUUUUUCUCCACCGAGAGGUGCAAAAUUCCUCUCAGGGAGGAAGAUCUAAUGUUAAUCAGAUCAGAGAUGUCGCCCUCGACUAAGCAGAAAAGAACUAAUGGGUGCGUCAAUGGCUAUCCAGCCUUCCAGAGCAAUAUAAAAAACUCACAAUCACUUGAUCUGCAUGUGUCUAUCACCUUGGAGCCACAACCUUCAGCCGUCAGAGGCAUGGGCACAGAUAUCGCCAUUUUAGACAGUGCCUACUUGCUGUCUCAGGUGGUCCCGUCCCUCUUUAUGGGCUCCAUCGUGCAGCUCUUCCAGAGUGUGAACGCAUACAUGGCCUGUGCGUCUCUGUUGAGUCUGGUGGCUGUGUAUUUCUCCAGUAAGAUCGUCUUUGAGAAAGCGGAUAUUGAUACGAGAUGACUGAGAUGUUACCAACAGAGCCACAGACUGGAUAGUGACAAAAACUAUAAAGGGCAGCUACUUCUGUUUUGUAUUUUUGAAAAGAGAGAUGGCAAUGUGCAAUUGAAUGCAUACAGGUAAUUUAUUGGAAAAAACAUUUGCUGUAUAUAUUCAGCAAACAAUAUAUGGUCAUACAUUCACAUAAAAAGCUCUAUUUGAGCUUUAAAUGAUUUGACAGAACUAUUGUUACGUAACCUGUGGCUUACAAUAUUAUAUUUGCAAUAUUGCACAGUUGUGUACCUGUUAAGGAGAGCAAUUACACAAGUAACAAUGAAGUGUUAGAUGACUUGGGUGUAUUGAAGUGCAGAAAAGUAAACAUGCUGAAUGUUUAAAGUGAAGAUGAGUAAGAGUUUUGGGUUUUGAAUAUUGUGACACAACUCUGUACAACCUGUUAAAGAAAGAAAGAAAGAAAGAAAGAAAGAAUGAAAGAAAGAAUGAAAGAACGGAAGAAAAGAACAUGGCUGAAGACUUGCUGGUUAUUCUUUUCUGUAUUAUUGUGCUGGAGAAACAAAAGUCUAAACUGCAUGUCUUAAUGAUUUAUUUUAUUUAAUAACACAUGUUUGAGUUGGCAGACACAUAAUUCUAUGCAUAGCAUUUAAUUUCAAAGAAUUUGUGUAUAUUUAUGAAACUUUUUGUUUUGGUUCGAAGAUAUAGCCUAAUGUUGCUAUCUUUUAGCACCUUAAUCUAAAAGAUAAAAGCUAUUUGCAACUAUAUUAAUGCAAAUAAAAUCUAAUAAACUUAUACUGCAUUUUAUAAUUGAGGUUUGGCUAUGUAAGGACUAGCAUAAUACAAUUUUUAGCCAUAGCCGGCCAUCUCUUGACUUAUGAUGGGUGGCAUCAGGCAGUUAUUUAUCAACUACUGCCAUCUAGUGUCUCUAUAGCAGCUGCUUUCAUUUUUUGUAGUCAACACAGACAUAUUUACCCACAAUUGCUCCAUCAUUCACUCGGUUCUCUUAUAUUUCCAUGUUUUUCUUUCUUUUUUCCUUUUCUUUCAAUUAUU